CGUCACGCUUCUGCAGACUCUUGCUGUAUGGUUCGAGGCCAUCGAAGGAUCAGUAGUAGCCUCCAUCCUUCUACCGGGCUAUUGUACCUGCCUGACUCUGUUGCUUCAGCUAACUCCGAGCCGGGCGAGAAAUCUAUAGAUAAAAGCGUCGUCUCUCGAUUGAUGAUCGAUUCUUUCCCCAGCAUCGCAAUAACCCUCCAUCACUAUCGCACCAUGAAGUUCACUCUUGCCUCCACCCUGACCCUGGCCACUGCAGCCCUGGCAAUGCCCGCUGCCGAGGCUGAAGCUAGCCUCGAGAAGCGCAACCCCAGCGGUGCCUUCAGCCUCUACGCCUGGGGCGUCACCAGCUCGGCCAUGAAGCUCUUCUACUCCGACGGUCUCGCCUACGCCGGCGACUCCAGCGCCUGGCCCUACGGCUCCGUUACCACUGAUGUCACCUUCGAAAUCGCUGACACCGAAAUCACCACCACCGCCACCACCGACGGCGUCACCCUCGACACGGACACCCUCUUCUACAUCCGCCCGACCGCCGACGAGAUCACCGAGGUCGGCUUCACGGGCAACGGAUACGACACACCCUCCGACGCCGCCACCGACAACUUCAUCUUCUACGGCUCGUGGCUGAUGUGGGAGGAGGACUCCGGCGUCCUGACCGAUAGCUUCCGGCUCAAGGAGACCAACGUCUCGGGUAUCUAUCAGUUCUACUUCGAUUACUCCAACCUGUACCCUAGCGGGUACUCGACGCCCAGUGUUAUGGACAAGGCUAGCUGAAUUUAUGAGGUUCAGGAAGUCUGUGAGAGAAUGGUGGCACUGGAGUGGUGCUGAUGUGUACUGUACUCUGCAGAACGGUAUGCAGUACAUAGCGGGGGUUUGUCGGCCGCUUAUUGUUCAUGAAUGAUAUUUACGCUGCUGUCCGCGCAUGGGUAUGAUGGCUG